CGAGGUGUUCGCUCAGAACGUUUGGUGAAAGUCGAGGAUAAGAAAGAUGAAACUUCUUCUGCUCAUCGGCGCUGUCCUCGCCGUUAUUGAUAACUGUGACGCAGCGAGCCCAUGGAUCGUGAACGGUGAGACUGCGACUUACGGUGAGCAUCCGUACAUCUGCUCGCUGCAGGUUCGCUUCCUCAUCUCGUACUCCCACAGCUGCGGCGCUGUCGUGUACAACAACAAAAACAUCAUCACAGCUGCUCACUGCGUCGACUCCUCUGGAUCUCGUCGUGUCCAGUGUGGCCUGCACCGCCUCAACAACGCCGACGACUACCAGGUGACAGUUACCGUCAACAGAUGCAAAGUGCACGAGAACUGGAACUCCAACGGUGAUGGCUACCCCAACGAUAUCGCCAUCUGCGAACUGGCAACACCACUCACAUUCAAUGACUACGUCUCCCCCAUCGAGAUCGACGAUGGCUCAGCCUCGUGGGCCGGUCAGGACUGCACAUUGUCGGGCUGGGGCAGGACUGUAGGUGGAGGAAGCUUGCCCAACUACUUGCAGAAGGUUAACAUAACGAAGAUCACCAACAACAGAUGCUCUCAACUCUGGCAGUCGGUCACCGGCGCCUCCAUCUUUGACUCACACAUCUGCUUCUUCGAUGAGGUUGGCCAGGACAAGAGCGCCUGCAAUGGAGACAGCGGCGGUCCGGUGAGAUGCAGCAGAAACGGAAAGAAAGUGCUGACUGGGCUUACCUCUUGGGGCAUCAGCACGUGUAGUGGAGCCUACCCGAGUGUCUACACCCGAGUAUCCAAGUAUUCCAGUUGGCUUGCGGCCAACGCCUACCCAUCUGUAGCUGACCUCGGUGAUGCGGCCAGCAUGCGCAUCGCGCGCGACGUAAAGACGACGUUGAGUGAACACCCGUACGUCUGCUCGCUGCAGCUUGGUUUCAUCACCACGUACUCGCACACCUGCGGCGCCGUCGUGUACAACAACAAAACCAUCAUCACAGCUGCUCACUGCGUCGAUAGCCCUGGAACUCGUCGUGUUCAGUGUGGUCUGCACCGCAUCAACGACCAGAACGACUUCCAGGCCACAGUUGCCAUCAACAGGUGCAAAGUGCACGAGCACUCGAACCCAGACGGAGCCGGCUACCCGAACGACCUCGCCGUUUGCGAACUGGCCACGCCGCUCACCUUCAACGAUUACGUCUCCGCCAUCGACAUCGACAUCGACACAGCCUCGUCGGCCCGUCAGGACUGCAAACUGUCGGGCUGGGGCAAGAACGUAGAUGUGGGAAGCCUGCCCCACCACCUGCAGACGGUCAGCAUGACGGAGAUCACCAACAGCAGAUGCUGGACGCUCUGGCAGUCGGUUCGUGGCGCCGCCAUCUACGACACAAACAUCUGCUUCUUCGAUGAGCCAGGCCAGGAGAAGCAAGCCUGCAGGGGAGACAGCGGCGGUCCAGUGCGGUGUAGCAGAGAUGGACGGAAUGUACUGACUGGUAUUACCUCAUGGGGUAUCAGUACGUGCUCUGACGACUACCCCAGUGUCUACACACGGGUGUCCAAGUAUGCCGACUGGCUCCAGACCAACGCCUAUGCCUAAGUUUUAAAAAUGGUG